AUGAGAUCAGAGCAGCAGACGGUGCCUGCAAGUGCUGCACCUAUCGGCAGGGCAAAACUGCAGAGAGCCGCAAAACAAACAGCGGCAGAGCGCAUCCGCAAACAUGCUCAGGGAGGCGGACCAAUUGUGAUUGCAAACAAUGUGCAUCUGGCGCAGCAGACAGCUGGGCAGUGUGUGAGUGAUGCGCAGCAGCCGUCCAGGGAGAUGCAGGAUCUGCGAACAUUGCUCAGCGAGUACCGUGACAAGGUAGCUGCUUUGGAGGACGCAGCACUUGAGCACUCGGCAGCAAAGGACGAGCUGGAAGCAAAGCUGCGCGACGUUCAGGAGAAGCAGCAAGCGCUGGUGGCCAAGGCGAUACAGAAGGCACAAAAGGAGGGGCAAAGAGGCUCGGAGAAGCUGCAGAAACGGCUGGAAGAGCAGGCAGCAAGGGCAGAUGCGCUAGAAUUGGCGCUGGUGGAAGCUCAAGCAUCCUCAGCUGCAGUGGGAGCCCUGUCAGACGACACCCUUCUGGUGCAUGCUUUGGAUCUCAUGAAGAAGUCCCCAGCCCACAGGCAGCGUCUGCUAGAUAUCGGUCAGCUGCUUUGCAAGGACUAA